AUGGACUCUACACCUCUCGCUGCCCGCUCACCAAACACCCACCUCGCUCUUUCGCACGAGCAGGAGAAGAACGCCGCAAGCAAGAUGACUUCCAUGGACUACCACCGUCAGAUCCUCCAGGGAAAGCUGGAUAACCAAGACAAACAACAAGCGAGCUACGUCUCUCCCUCAGACGAACUCAUGAGCCCUUGCUCGAAGAAGUUGAGCGAUAUCAAGGGGAAGCGGUUUAAGAAUGCCGGAAAGCCCCAGUCUCUGUUCGCCAAGCUGGGCAAGAAGAACUUCGAGCAGCAGUCGUCCGCCGCGGAGAACAUCGAGAAGACCGCUUAA